GAGCACUUUAGGGAGAGCACCACCUCUUGUCAACAGUAUGACAGAAGAGACUUCUGCUUUAAAUUGAGAGCACUGUGGCACUGUGAUCAAAGUCAGCACUCUUCUUUUUCUUUUUUCAGAACAAGUUUGAGGUUCAAACCUUUUCCUGUUUUGUUUUUUUUUUUUCUUUUUAAGACGAGCACUGUUUUGACUUUCAGUUUUGACCAAAAUAAUAAUAAUAAUAAUAAUAAGUCCAAGUAUUUGCUCUGUACUUGAAGAGCACAGGAGAGAUCUGCCAGCUUCAGACCUUCACACUGUGGCCUAGAAAGUCAAGCAUUCUUCUUCGUGGAGGCCAUUUGUUUCUGGCUAGAGGCUAUUGAGAGCUCCAUUUUUCUAAACUCAAGGGAAGCCACAGUUGAAUCCUGUGUUAAAGGUUCCCUUCCAACUUUGCCAUACAAAGAAGCUGUGCUUACCCAUCUGCAAACAGGGCAUACCAUACCAUGGCCAAGAAAGUUGCCGUGAUUGGAGCUGGUGUGAGUGGCCUGUCCUCCAUCAAAUGCUGCUUGGAUGAGGACUUGGAGCCCACCUGCUUUGAGAGAAGUAAUGACUUCGGGGGACUAUGGAAGUUUAAUGAAGCUUCUACAGAUGGGAUGACUAGGGUCUACAAGUCACUAGUGACAAACGUUUGCAAGGAAAUGUCAUGCUAUAGCAACUUCCCUUACCCCGAAGAGUAUCCUAAUUUUAUGAGCCAUGAAAAAUUUUGGAACUAUCUCCAAGAAUUUGUUGAGCACUUUGAUCUCCUGAAAUACAUCCAGUUUAAGACUGCUGUGUGCAGCAUAACAAAGCGUCCGGACUUCUCUCAAACUGGUCAGUGGGAUGUUGUUACCGAGACAGAAGGCAAGCAGAACAGAGCUGUCUUUGAUGCUGUCAUGGUUUGCACUGGACUUUUCCUGAGUCCUCACCUGCCUUUGGAGUCAUUUCCCGGGAUCCAUAAGUUUAAAGGCCAGAUCCUACACAGUCAAGAAUACAGGAUUCCAGACCCUUUUCAGGGCAAACGUGUCUUGGUCAUCGGUCUUGGGAACAGUGGAGGAGACAUCGCUGUGGAGCUCACUCGAACCGCAGCUCAGGUACUUGUGAGUACUAGAACUGGCACCUGGGUUGUCAACCGCUAUUCAGAUGGGGGCUAUCCUAUUAAUAUGAUGAGUAUAAGAAGAUGGCAUAAUUUUAUUACACAACUUCUGCCUACAUGUUUCCUAAAUUGGAGCCUUAAGAGGCGGAUGAAUAAAAAAUUUAACCAUGAUAUCUAUGGAUUAAGUAUUAUAAAAAGGGAAAAACCAAAAUUUAUUAUAAAUGAUGAGCUACCAACAUGUAUACUCUGUGGGAAAGUCACUGUGAAAACCAGCAUCAAGAAUUUUACAGAAACUGCUGUUAUCUUUGAAGAUGGGACAGUAGAAGGAAACAUUGAUGCUGUGAUCUUCACAACAGGAUAUACUGUUUCUUUCCCCUUUUUUGAAGAGCCUCUCAAAAGCCAUUGUACAAAGAAGACUUUCCUAUACAAGCAUGUCUUCCCUGCCGAUCUAGAAAGAGCAACAUUAGCCAUCAUUGGCCUCAUUAGCCUCAAUGGGUCCAUUUUAGCAGGCACAGAGCUUCAGGCACGAUGGGCCACAAGAGUAUUCAAAGGACUCUGUAACGUACCCCCAUCCCAGAAAUUGAUGGCUGAGGCCAUUAAAAAGGAGCAGCUCAUUAAAAGGGGUGUGAUUAGAGAUACUUCUCAAGAAAAACUUGACUUUAUUACCUACUUGGAUGACCUUGCUACAUGCAUAGGCGCAAAGCCCAACAUCCCAGCUCUGUUUCUCAAGGAUCCCAGACUAGCUUGGGAAGUUUUCUUUGGACCAUGCAGCCCUUACCAAUACCGAAUAGUGGGCCCUGGAAAAUGGACUGGAGCCAGAAAUGCCAUCCUGACCCAGUGGGACAGAACCUUGAAACCUCUUAAGACUCGAAGUGUUGCUAAUUCCUCUGAGCCUGCAUCUCUGCCACAUUACUUGAAGGUUGUGGGGGCACCUGUGCUACUUGUCUCUCUUAUAUUUAUCUGCAAAGGCUCACCUUUUCUUAAAUUGGUGCAAGAUAAGCUACAAGACAGAAUUUCCUCUUCCCUAGUGCUGCAUAAUGUCCCCCAGAAGUCAUAAGUUAGCAAAUUGGUCUGUGGCAUGGUGGUGGAAAAGAUAUCUGGGUCUUGAGGGCUCCACCAUCAUAAAUGUAUUAGUGCUACACUCAAAUGCUGAUUAGUAACCACAAGGGCAGGUUGUUAGUUGUUAUAAAGUGAGCUGUUUCUUGUUUUACCUCUUUUACAUAAAUUACUUGUCUUUUCUACUAUAUUAUUAUAUGCACUAAGCUCUUACCAGAAGCUGCCAACAUGUCCUUGGGCCACCAGAACUGUGAACUAAAUAAACUUUAUCAUCUUGUGUAUUUUAUUAUA